AUGAUUGGAAAUAUAUUUACUACAUUCAAUCGGUAUACAACGAUUUGCCUCAUGCGUAGCUACGGCAAGAUCUGGACCAGAAGAAAUGUAUGGGUUGCUAUUGUGGUCCAGUACACAGUAUCUUUCAUGCUCUAUAUCCACACCAUCAGGACAAAGAUAGUUUAUAAUCGAAAUGCUGAUGGAAAACUAAUAUACGCAGGUUUGGAAAAACCCCUCGAUGAGGUAUGUUCACUACGAAUUUCUACACAUGUCCCACCAUUCAUCCCUCACUCGCCUUCAUAA